AUGAGCCGCAACGGUGAACUUUGUCUUAAGAAAGUGAUUAUUUCGUAUUGUCCCAGCAGGGGAUCACCCAAUACACGUCAGUUCCUCGCUACACACUUACCACGUUUUCACGCAAAAUACCCAAGUGUAACGAUCGACAUUCGCCCACGUUUAUGGGCAGAGACAAGCGUUACUGGUGUCUACCGCGAUGGUAGCGAGCGUGCAUGUAAGACUAAGUAUAUGAGCCCAAUGGGUAUUUGGCUACGUCUUCAUCAUCUCGUGAAUACAGCCAAUGACUAUGAUCAGCCGUUCUCGGCUUCACACUUACAUUUUCAGCGGCGCUCAGUGCAAGGCACAUGGAACCCGUGGUUGUGGCACUAUGAGACAGAGCGUCAACGCACAGAAGCUCCACAGUGGCGUCGCAAACUCUCUGAAGAGGAAUGGGACUACUAUGUUGGACAGUACAGCGCACAGAUGAAACAGGAGGAAGAGGUUAUCCACCAGCGUGUGGCAGCACGCACAGAGAUUCCUGCAGAGAGUACCAAAGAAGUACAAGAACGAUGGAAACAGCAUGUGGUACCACGAAUGCAAACAGAUAUGGAAUUUAAUUUGGCACACUUCAAGCGGCAGCACGCGAGAGGGCAGCGGGUACAACCAGUAACGAUGGGUGAGUACAAACUCUUCUCCGUGCCCGAUCACCGUGAGCUUGGUCAAGAUGCAGUAGAUAUGAUGCGACGGCGAGAGGCGAAACAUAUGGAAGAAUGGUGGCGUAAGCGGAAAGAGCAACUAAAACCGCCCAAGUGA